CCACCUUCCUCACACAACCAGGACAAGCAAGCAGCAGAACCAGUGUCAGAUUUCCCGAGGCACAAGUUGAGCGCAAGAUGGAGCACCAGGGGCGCGGCGCAGGCGAGAAGAAGGGCGUCGUGGAGAGCAUCACGGAGAAGCUCCCCGGUGGCCACGGUGAUCACCAGCAGGCCACCGGUGGCACGUACGGUCAGCAGGGACACGCCGGAGUUACCGGCGAGAACAUCAAGGAGAAGCUCCCCGGUGGCCACGGUGAUCACCAGCAGACCACUGGAAUGACCGGCUCGGAGACGCAUGCCACCACGGCCACCACCGAUGGCAACUACGGGAAGUCGGGACACACCGGCACUGACGGCACCGGUGAGAACAAGAGUAUCAUGGACAAGAUCAAGGACAAGCUGCCUGGACAGCACUAAGCCCAACCGGUCUGCCCGCUACCUUUGCAGAAUAAUAUAAUAAGAUGGCCAACUUCCACCGUGUAUACAUGAAUCGAGUCUAGUUCAACUAGCUCACUUGGUCGUACAUCUGGGUUUAAGCUUUCAUGGACAACAGUGUGUCGAGGGUUUUUGUUUGUUUACAAUUUGCAUACUUUGAUGUGGAAAUUUCCUUUGGUUCAA